GACUACGAAUCCACCGGGGCGGCGGGGGGGUGAGCCGGGAGGCUGGAGGCGCUGUGGCUGAGGUGCUUGGGCGCUGGUGGCCUGAGCGAGCGAGAUCAUGACUGUGGCCUCGGUGGCGUCACUCGCCAGGCCGCUCUUUCUGAGGUUUCCCUAAGCAGCCUCCACUUGAGCCGCUCCCAGUUUUUGUCCAUGAGAACAUAUGAAAAAGAUGGCUAAUAUUAACUUCAAAGAAGUAACCUUAAUCGUAGGGAUAGUGACUGCCUGCUAUUGGAACAGCCUCUUUUGUGGUUUUGUUUUUGAUGAUGUUUCUGCAAUACUAGAUAAUAAAGACUUACAUCCAACUACACCUUUAAAAACAUUAUUUCAGAAUGACUUCUGGGGAACACCUAUGUCUGAGGAAAGAAGCCACAAGUCUUACCGUCCUUUAACAGUGUUGACAUUUCGCUUGAAUUACAUGUUUAGUGAACUGAAGCCAAUCUCGUAUCAUUUCCUAAAUCUGAUUUUUCAUGCUGUGGUUAGUGUGAUAUUUCUUAAAGUCUGCAAGCUUUUUCUGGACAGCAAGAGUAGUAUGAUUGCUGCUUUACUUUUUGCCGUGCAUCCGGUACACACAGAAGCAGUAACAGGUGUUGUAGGAAGAGCAGAACUUUUGUCAUCGAUCUUUUUCCUAGCUGCAUUUUUAUCAUAUACUAAAUCAAAAGGACCAGAUAAUUCCAUAGUAUGGCCUCCAAUUGCAUUGACUGUGUUUUUAGUGGCUGUUGCAACACUGUGUAAAGAACAAGGAAUAACAGUUGUGGGAAUUUGCUGUGUGUAUGAAGUAUUUAUUGCCCAAGGGUACACUCUGCCAUUACUGUGUUCUACUGCUGGACAGUUUCUCCGUGGGAAGAGUAGUAUUCCGUAUUCUCUGCUGCAAACACUAAUAAAGCUUAUUGUCCUGAUGUUUAGUACACUUUUACUUGUUGUAAUCAGAGUUCAAGUUAUUCAAUCCCAGCUUCCUGUAUUCACUAGGUUUGAUAAUCCAGCUGCUGUCAGCCCAACUCCUACAAGGCAGUUAACUUUUAACUACCUCCUUCCUGUAAACGCUUGGCUUCUGUUAAAUCCUUCAGAGCUGUGCUGUGAUUGGACAAUGGGGACCAUCCCACUUAUAGAGUCAUUUCUAGAUGCUCGGAAUUUGGCCACAUUUACUUUCUUUUGUAUAUUGGGAGCUUUAGGCAUAUUUGGUCUACGAUAUCCUGGUAAUUCCUCUAAGACUGUUUUAAUGGCACUUUGUUUAAUGGCACUACCGUUUAUUCCUGCAUCAAACCUUUUUUUCCCAGUUGGAUUUGUUGUUGCUGAGCGAGUACUAUAUGUUCCUAGCAUGGGGUUCUGUAUUUUGGUAGCUCAUGGAUGGCAGAAAAUAUCAAACAAAAGUGUUUUAAAAAAACUAUCCUGGGUUUGCCUGUCUGUGGUGAUAUUGACUCAUGCUUUUAAGACACUGCAUAGAAAUUGGGAUUGGGAAUCUGAAUAUACAUUGUUUAUGUCAGCUUUGAAGGUGAAUAAAAAUAAUGCAAAACUGUGGAAUAAUGUGGGCCAUGCCUUAGAAAAUGAAAAGAACUUUGAAAGAGCUUUAAAAUAUUUUCUACAAGCUACACAUGUUCAGCCAGAUGAUAUUGGUGCCCACAUGAAUGUUGGGAGAACUUACAAAAAUUUAAAUAGAACCAAAGAAGCUGAAGCAUCCUACAUGAUGGCUAAGUCACUGAUGCCUCAAAUUAUUCCUGGUAAAAAAUAUGCAGCCAGAAUUGCCCCAAACCAUUUAAAUGUUUAUAUCAAUCUGGCCAACCUGAUCAGAGCAAAUGAAUCCCGACUAGAAGAAGCAGACCAGCUUUACCGACAAGCAAUUAGCAUGAGGCCUGACUUCAAGCAGGCUUAUAUUAGCAGAGGAGAAUUGCUUUUAAAAAUGAAUAAACCUCUCAAAGCUAAGGAAGCAUAUCUGAAAGCACUAGAGCUGGACAGAAAUAAUGCAGAUCUCUGGUACAACUUGGCAAUUGUUCAUAUUGAGCUUAAAGAACCAAAUGAAGCUCUAAAAAACUUUAAUCAUGCUUUAGAACUAAAUCCAAAGCAUAAGCUAGCACUGUUUAAUUCUGCUAUAUUAAUGCAAGAGUCAGGUGAGGUUAAACUCAGACCUGAAGCUCGAAAACGACUUCUAAGCUAUGUGAGCCAAGAACCACAAGAUUCUAAUGGUUAUUUCAAUUUGGGAAUGCUUGCCAUGGAUGACAAAAAGGAUGCUGAAGCAGAGGUUUGGAUGAAGAAAGCCAUAAAAUUACAAGCCGACUUCAGAAGUGCUUUGUUUAAUCUGGCUCUUUUGUAUUCUCAGACUUCAAAAGAAUUAAUGGCUUUGCCAGUUUUAGAAGAGUUACUCAGAUAUUACCCUGACCAUAUCAAGGGUCUCAUUUUAAAAGGAGAUAUUCUAAUGAAUCAAAAGAAAGAUAUUCAAGGAGCAAAAAAAUGUUUUGAAAAAAUUUUAGAGUUGGAUCCAAGGAAUGUACAAGGAAAGCACAAUCUUUGUGUUGUUUAUUUUGAAGAAAAGGAUUUACUAAAAGCUGAAAAUUGCCUGGUUGAAGCACUGGCAUUAGCACCAUUUGAAGAAUAUAUUCAACGCCAUUUAAAUAUAGUCAGAGACAAAAUUUCCUCAGCUAGUUUGAUUGAACAGCCAAUAUUUCCAACUGCUAAAUCUUUAGGUAAAGAAAAAAGAGAAAAACAUCCAACUGAAAAUAUCAAAGAAAGCAGAAGUGAGCACAAACCCACACAGACUAUAAAAGCAAGUAAUGAUAAAAGUCAAUCUAAAUCUAGUAAACAAUUAGGAGAAAAUAAAGACAAAGAGACCCACCACAAAACAACAAAAGAAAUCAAAGACAUUGAAAAGAAAAGAGUUGCUGCUCUAAAAAGACUAGAAGAAAUUGAACGUAUUUUAAAUGGUGAAUAGUGUUACUAUGUAUCAUGUUACAGUGGCAUCAAAGAAAUUUAGCCCAUUCCAUAUGAUUGUACAGGGAAAUUUGACCAAUAGCAAGAAUACAUAAUAAUCUAUUAUUACCUCUAUAUAAAAUAAAUUUUUAUUACUUAUCUUCACCCAUGAUACAUAUAAGAUAUAACUGAUAUUUUUGUGUUACGUUAAAUUACAGGUAGUAAAUUUGUAUCCUUUGUUAUAAAAGGAUCUCUUUCUGACAAAUGAUCUAUACUAUUCUCAGUUAAAAUUAAUUUGAGGCCUGAAAGAUAAUCCAUU